AUGAUACUCAAAUCUCCUUCACUACGCGAAAUUCAAGAAAUGGAAGCUCAAUCAACACCCUCAAACUCUUCUUGGGGAAUCAUUGGUCCAAAUUUACGCUUAGAGAAAUUCAGAAAGAAAGAGGAAGGAGCAAUGAAAAACGUAACAGUAUGGGAUACGCUAUGCAAAUACAGUAGUAGUACAAAGCCCGAAUCUAUUUCUAUGAAUACUGCGUGGACAACUGUUACUAGCAAGUCAAGCAAUCGUGUAAUUAUUCAACCUAAUAACGCUACUAUAAAUGUGAUGGCAAAGGCUGCAGAAAAGAUUCGACCGUAG